AUGAACACCCGUCCAAUCAUCGAUGAGUCCUCCGGGCCUGUCUCGCUCUGUGCCUCAUUCAACUACGAUGCCACUUGCUUUGCUGUUGGCCUGGACAUAGGCUUCUGUGUCUUCAACACAUUUCCGUGUGAACUGAAAGUCUCCAGAGACUUGAAUGCUGGAGUUGGCACAGCAGAGAUGCUUGGGCGAUACAACUAUCUGGCUCUAGUAGGAGGUGGAAAGAAUCCUCGGUGGCCACAGACAAAGGUCGUGAUAUGGGACGAUGCUAAACAGAAGGUCGCAAUCACUCUCGAGUUGAAGACUGCCGUCCUUCGAGUACGCUUGACAAAGUCUUGGAUAGCCAUUGCAAUUCAGAACAGCCUCCAUCUCUACAAGUUCUCCUCCCCUCCCGAGAAGACCGCAGUCUUCGAGACAUCGGACAAUCCUCUAGGCCUCUGUUGCCUCGGAUCACGACUGGUUGCUUUCCCCGGUCGUUCUCCAGGCAAAGUACAACUCGUUGAGCUGGGAUCCGGAAAUGUUAGUAUCAUUCCCGCGCAUUCGUCCGCCCUCCGAGCCAUGGACUUGAGCCCGGACGGACAACUGCUCGCCACGGCCAGCGAAGCAGGUACAUUGAUUCGCGUCUUCUCAACCUCAAACUGUGCCAAAAUAGCCGAGCUCCGUCGUGGCGUCGAUCCGGCCUAUAUCUUUAGUAUCGCCAUAUCACCUAACUCAGCAAUGCUUGCCGUCACCUCCGACAAGUCCACUCUCCAUGUCUUUGACCUCCCAGUGUCAGCCUCCUCCUCCCAACCGAAAAGCCCUGUGAGCCCGACCAGCCGGCGGUCACAAUCACCACACGUCCCCCCCAACCCAGACGAAGAGCCCGCGAUCAAUCAAAAAUGGGGUUUCCUUUCCAAAAUUCCUCUGCUUCCUCGCGUCUUCAGCGACAUUUACUCUUUCGCAUCCGCACAUUUUGAGAUGGGUGAUGAAAUCACCGGUCUCAAUGGAUCUACCCUAUCAUAUCUCCCGGCCCUCGGUUCGCUCCCAUCGCGCCCUCAAAAAGGAAUUCUGGGCUGGGCAGACAACAGCACUAUCAUCUGCCUUGGAACCGGCCGGGAUGCCAGAUGGGAACGAUUUUUGAUCGGCGAGAGACCCGGUGUUGCAGAGGAGGGCCGGAGAACACUGUAUCGUGAGGGCUGGAAGAGGUACCUAGGAUCUUGA